CGUUUUCCCGUCACUUAUACCGAACAGGUCUGGGCCGCAGAGUCCAGCGACUGAUGGGGCCAGUGGUUUGCGUUCCUGGGCUCCCAAGGCCAGCGAGCCCGGAGCAGGCGGAGUCGGGGGCGGGGCCGUGGCAGGAAGAGACCGCAGGGAGCCGCGGAGCCGAGUGGGGAGGCCGUCUCAUCGCUGGGGCUUCGCGCACCAUGGCCUCCCGCCUUCUGCACCGCCUUCGUCACGCCCUGGCCUUAACCGGAGAGGGCCCUGGAGAGCCGGCCCAAGGCCUGGAGGCUGAGGAAUUCCCGGAGAGCUCGGAGCUCGAGGAGGAUGACACCGAGGGCUUAUCCACACGUCUCAGUGGCACCUUGAGUUUCACCAGCACCGAAGAUGAUGAGGAAGAGGAGGAAGAGGAAGAAAACGGAGAUCCUCUGGGAUCAGGGGCUGCCCUGGGCCGAAGACUUAAGAAUCCUGGAGAGGAUGGAUCUGGGGAAGACGGAGAUCGGAGUCCCCAAGCAGAAGGUCCCCGAGGCAGUAACCUCUUGACUCGGCAACUACAGGACUUCUGGAAAAAGUCAAAAAGUAACCUGGUACCCCAGCGUCUGCUCUUUGAAGUGACCAGUGCCAAUGUCAUCAAUGAGCCCCCCUCCAAGUACGUGCUCUACACCAUCGCCCUAAUAGGUCCCGGGCCACAGGAGCAUGUGCCAGCCCAGAUUUCCCGGCGCUACUCAGACUUUGAACGACUACACCGGCAACUUCGACAGCAGUUUCGUGGUCCCAUGGCUGCAGUCUCCUUCCCCCGAAAACGUCUACGCAGGAAUUUUACUGCUGAGACUAUUGCCCGCCGCAGCCGGGCCUUUGAACAAUUCCUGGGGCACCUGCAGGCUGUUCCUGAGCUUCGUGAGGCACCCGACCUCCAGGACUUCUUCAUUCUACCCGAGCUUCGACGGGCACAGAGGCUUACCUGCACUGGCCUCUACCGGGAGGCCCUAGGGCUCUGGACUAACGCCUGGCGCCUACAGACCCAACUGGGCACUCCAGUAGGUGCCCAUCGGACGCUGUUGACUCUGGUAGGCCUGGCUGUGUGCCACCAAGAGCUGGAGCAACCCAGUGAGGCACGGCUGAGUUGUGAGCGGGCGCUGCAGCUGUUGGGACCUAGUGAUUCCCAUCCCCUGCUGGGACCUUUUCUUGAGGCUCAUGUUCGGCUCUCCUGGAGGCUUGGCAUUGACAAGCGCCAGUCAGAGGCCCAGCUCCAGGCCCUGCAAGAAGCUGGCCUCACCUCCACUCCACCCCCCAGCCUCAAGGAACUGCUUAUCAGGGAGGCUCUGGACUAAAAGGGCUUCUUCCAAUCCUGACAGGGAUGGUGGGUGAGAAGCUGUGGGGACAGGGAUUGACAGGUUAGGUAUUCAAUAGAGGGUGGUGGGAACUAGAAAAAUCAUAGGAUUCAGAAGAGACCUUAGAGAUUCCCUAGUCUAACCUCUCUGGAUCUGUUUCCUUCUCAUAUAACUUGCCUAAGGUUACACAGGUUAGCAAGCAGCAGGUCUCAAAUGUGGGCCUAGGUUCUUUGCCUUGAGAUUAAGACCCUCGUUUCCUUUCAGUUGGUUACCAUUGUGCUGUGCCCCCAACUAGCCCUGUGUAUCUGGUCAGCCCUACCUGCAGGUGGCAGUGAUGGGAAUGGAGGAAGUCUGGCAUGUUUCUCUACCAAGGAACAGCAAUGGACUCCUCCCCAGACUCUGCUCCCUCCAUUCUCCCUUUUCCAUCCAACUUUGAGGGUCAGUCUCCUCAAAAGGUCAAGAGUAGUGGAGCAACUGCUCUAGCCCAGGAGAAUAAAAGAGUCUGAAUCUUCCAA